CCAUAUGAUUAGGUACCGCUGAAUAUCAAUAGUCUUGACAGCAUCUACGGUGACGUCAUCUCAUCCAAUCCGCAGGACGUGAUUCAGAUGCUGGCUCAGGAUUAUGUGGAUAUCGAUGGAGGCAUUGAUGAGUUGGAGAAGCCUAAAUCAGUUGCCGAGGAAAAUUCACAGGUAUGCAGGAAGGCACUUAAGAGAUUGGGAUCUGAAACGGGUAGGACCCAGACGCCGGACCACCUGCAAAUCAUCUCUGAAUUAACAUCACUUGUCAUUGCGUCAUGCCCCAACAUUCCACAAGAGAACGCCUUGAAGAACACAGCGCUAGAUGUUCUGAAGUCCAUCACCAGCAAACUGGGCAAGCUGGACAUGUCUAACCCGUUAACCGUCGAGUCUGUGGGAGGAUCUCUGGUGGAGUCCGUCGCUAACCUUCUUAAUGCAUCAGAGGAAGCUUCAGAGGGGGAUGCCGGGAAUUCAGUACAGGACGAUCAUAUCUCCCCAGAGGAGCGAGCUGAAAAGGCAAAAGAAGAGGAAGAAGAACAGCGAACUGAGAGACAGGAAGUUGUCCAGAAAAGCCGCCAGGUCCUGGAUAGUCUGUUCAACGCCAUCACCGACCCCAUGCGGCCUGGAGACGCGCCGGUGACCAUCAGCAGGGCCGGCGUUACGAUGCGAGCACAGAAGAUUUUCGGCUCUAAGUCUGGGAACCAGGUGGUGCAGACGGAGGAUGGGGUAUUCCAGUUGCCAUCCCAAACCGCACUUUUCCCGGAACACCCGCCUCACAACGUCACUGUGAUGUUCAUAGAGUACCAAGAGAACCCAUUCCCCAGAGGGCGCGGGUACUACCAGGCACGCUCCUCCGUCAUAGAGCUUACGCUUCGCCGGAAAAACUACAAACCGUUGGUCUUCAGCAACCUCACUGACGACUUCAAAAUCACCAUUCCAGCAGGGAAAUCGAGGAACAAACCAACGACAAAAACCAUCACCUUCCCUGCCUCUGGAAACGAAACUUCAAGCUACCAUUUACUAAACCUCAACAACACCGCAGAGGGAUGGCUGGUCACAAUCACCCCGCUGAACACAAGCGUGGUGUACGGCGUGUCGGGUAGGUACGGCGGCCGCCCUGAUGAUCAAAACUACGACGUGUCCAUGGAGACGUACGUUCUACCCGAGGAGUGUUCCUUGAUGGAAACUCUCAGUGGUGACGACACGGACAGGACAGAGGCCAAACUGUUCAUCAAAGGGAAGGCAGAUCCCGUGGAUUAUCACGUCAAAGUCAAAGUUCUUGGACCGGCGACCAAAUGCGACAUCAGUGACAGACCCGAAGAAAGGAAUGUACACACCAACGACUUGUACGCCUACAAGAUCCAGUGGGCCCGUCUGAGCUGCGUUUUCUGGAGCGAGACCCAGAGAGCCUGGAAACCAGACGGUUGCACGAUCGAUGAUAAAUCCACCAUUGCCAGCACCAUCUGUCACUGCAACCAUCUGACGGCCUUUGGAAGUGACUUCGCCACACCGCCGGACACGGUCAACUUCGGGGCAUUAAUGCUUAGUGACCUACGUGACAACGGCGCAGUUUUGACAACCAUCUUCGUGGUGUUCUGCCUCUUUUUGCUCACGUUGGUCAUAACAAAGAUCUUUGACCUAAGAAGAAAAAAGAAGAAGAACCCUUCAAUCAAACUGGACGACAUGCAGAGCGGUUUCCGGUACCGUCUCCAUCUUUGGACAGGCACCGCUAAGCAUGCUGGGACCGAGUCCAACGUUGCCUUUAAUCUGUGCGGAGAUGUAGCAACCUCCGGUGUGAGAGUGGUCAGCAUCACAGAGAAGGUUUUUAUCCAAGGCAGCCAGGUGACACUGAACUUCAGCACAGCAGAACAGCUGGGUAACGUGGAGCUGCUGCAGCUCAUGCACGACAACAGUGGGGAGGGGGGCCGUGCAUCGUGGCACGUGGACAGAGCAGCGGUGCAGGAUCUCACCACCCAUAAAAUGUCCUAUUUCUUCUGUGGCGAGUGGCUGGCGGCCGACCGUGGAGAUGGCCAAAUCGCGAAGACCUUUCCUGUCGCCACUGAGCAAGACCUGCGAUCCUUCGGGUUCCUGUUCCCGGCAAGUCUGCGGAGUAAUAUGGCAGAGGAACACCUCUUCUUGUCCGUCGCUGUUAUGCCUGAAGAAAGUACGUUCACCCGGAGCGAGAGGAUCGGCUGCUGCCUGAGUUUCCUCACCUUGUCCAUGGUGUCCAGCGCCAUGUGGCUGAACGAUGAAGAGGAGACCCAGAUUGUGCAGGCCGUCAGCUUUGGCCCGUUCUCCUUCACCCUGAACACAGUCUACACGGGAUUCAUGACUGGCAUCAUCUGCCUACCCGCCAUCAUAGUCAUCGUCCUGCUGUUCCAGUUCAGCCGACCCAGCAACAAGGGCGACCGGCGGGUCAGAGACGUGGAGACGGGCGACCCAGCUGAGGCACCCGCGCAGCAGAAGCCAGCCAAGGGCCUGCCGCACUGGUGUAAGUACGUGGCCUGGGUGCUGGUGGUGCUGUCUGUUGUGGGGUCAGCUAUCUUCAUCGUGUUGUACAGUCUGGAGUGGGGCAAGGAAAAGUCCGAGUGGUGGCUGUCUUCGUUCUUCAUAUCCUUUCUGGCGGACAUGAUCCUCCUGCAACCAGCAAAGGUGGUGCUUCUCGCAAUCAUCUUUUCAUCCAUUUUCAAAAGCCAUACCGCGAAGAAGAUGUUUGAAAACGAGGGGGACACCGUUUCCAUAGGGGACAGCACUGUGACGUCACAAAAACGAGAAGGUUUCGAUGGCGGUCGAUUUCGCAUCAAGAAGAAGAUGGAAAGGCUUUCUCAGAUGUCCCUUGCAAACGUGAAGGAAGCGCGACGGAAGCGGGACAGAGACAGGAAAAUCGGAGACGUCCUUUGGGUCAUCGUGCGGUUUUCUGUGUUCCUCCUGCUCAUCAUAACGAUCACAAACGCACACCAAAACACGACUCCGGCCUUCCAUCAGACACAGAGUGCAGCUAAUAGCUUUGUGUCCCAUACUGACGCUGUGACAGACCCUCUUACCUUCUGGGCUUGGCUGGAGGAAGUUGCUCUGCAGAGCUUCUACCCGGAGAAUUCCUACAAUGACGACAAGCCCCGCUGGUGGGAGCAGGGCUUCACAGCUGACAUGCAGUCAGUCCUGGUCUCCCCACCUAGCCUGAUCCAGGCACGAGUAAAGCAAGGGCUGUGCACGGUGCCUGCAGCAAUGCUGAACUUUUCUGAUAAAUGUUCAGAAGCGUAUGAUGAAAAGACGAAGGAGACCGGAGCGUUUGAGAGGGGAUGGAAAAGGGUCACAAACAUGUCGGAGGUAGCAUCAGAAGCCCCUGGAUGGAGCCACCGCCUCAGCGGUUACGCCAUCAAACCAGUGUUUGGUUUGAAAUCGCACUACUGGGGAGACGGCUUCAGUCUGCAGCUGGGAAAAUCAGCAGACGAGAUGCGCAGCAUCCUAGCAGAACUAAAUACCCACGGCUGGAUCGACGGGCAGACCAGGGCCGUCAUUUUGGAAGUGUUGCUCUACAACGGAAACCUGGAUCUGUUCACAUCGCUGACGGUGAUGUUCGAAUUCAGCGAGAUAUCUGGUGUGUUUUCCCAUCGUCACCUGCACACCUUUCGACUUCGUCAGCAGCCUGGUACAAUCGGAUACAUCUACGUCUUGCUGGAAAUCAUCUACAUCAUCAUUCUCCUCUACUCGCUGUGGAAAGAGGCGAAAACUGCGCGCGCAGCCGGCUGGGCCUACCUCAAGGAGCCAUGGAAUGUUGUCGAAAUCGUCAACUUCAUCUUGGCCUUUACAGUCAUUGCCUUGUACGGAUCUAACAGAGGCUACAGUUCCAUGGCUCUGGCGGCUGUGCAUCAAGGGAAAGAUCAACUCCAAUACAUCAAAUCGCUUGUGGACAUAAACCUGAUGUAUGGAUGGUUCUUGUCUUUUCUCGUCUUUCUCAACAUGAUGAAGAUGCUGCGGCUGCUGAGGUUCGACCCGUUCCUCGCCAAGCUGAUGUCUGUGUUCCGGGGAAUGGCGGUGGAGUUCUCUGCCUUCAUCCUCUACUUCUUCCUCUUCUUCUCAGGAUUUGCCAUGAGCGGUUUUCUCAUGUUUGGUACCACCGUAACGGCCUACAGGGCCGUCAGCUUGUCCUACUCAACAUUGUUCCAGAUGUCUCUUGGACUGUUUGAUUAUAGAGAGCUGUUUGAUGAAAACCCCUUCCUCGGCCCCAUCUUCUUUUUAACAUUCAUGUGCCUCGUCUACCUGGUGCUGAUGAACAUAGCUGUGGCGAUCAUCAACAGCGCACUCCCCGAUGUGCGGAACCACGACAUGCCUGAAGAGGACCGGUACUUCCUCCAAGGGUUAUGGGAGCGAUUUACCUCUUUGUUUGGGCUUCAUCAAGCGCAACUAACAGGAUGGAGGAUUCGGAACUCCCUACAGAACCAGAUUUUGCCCCGCCUAUCAGGAAUGUUUCCAGUGUGGAACUUAGCGCUCCUAGAGGUGACUUACCAGAUAUUGUGAUCCACCCCGCCUCCCAGUCCACUCUCAC